AUGCUGCAAAUUCAGCCAAACUUCUUCGGCGUGGAGAUGGAAGAAGAUGGCAAAAUCAAAUCAGUUUCUGUAGUCGCAUUGACAUUCCGUGCUGAGAGACAUCCUUCAUGGACGACUGAUAUGGUAAAAAAAUGGGAGACAAACGUUGAAGAUUACUUUGCAAGCAACUACGACCAGCGGAGAAUAGAUGUGAAUGUUGCGUCGUUCUCAAUUUUGGAACGCGGUUUGUUAUCAUUUUUUUCAAGUGUUCAGUUC